AUGGUGGUAAUGGUUAACAUGAAUCAAGAUGCAGACGAAGUCAUACAUCGAGUUCGAAAAAAUGAUAUGGAAGGAGAUAACAACUUGUCUGCCAUGGUCGAGAGUAUUAUGGUGCGAAAUGGGGUAACCACUGGCCUCCAUAGGCCAAACUAUAUCUCCGUAUUGUCAGAGUACAUUUUGCAAAUCGAAUUUCCUAGGGGAUUUAAGGUCCCAAAAUUCACGAAAUUUUCUGGAGACACUAGUGAAUCUACCGUCGAACAUGUGGCAAGGUAUCUAACUGAGGUAGGGGACAUCGCCAAUAAUGAAAAUCUGAGAAUAAAAUAUUUCCCUAGUUCUCUCACUAAGAAUUCCUUUACAUGGUUCACCAUGCUUCCGGCAAAUUCGAUUCAUGAUUGGACUCGUCUAGAAAGAUUGUUCCAUGAACAAUUUUACAUGGGACAGUCGAAGAUUAUUCAGAAAGAAUUGGCUAGUAUUAAGCGUAAAUUUACUGAGCCAAUAGAUGAUUAUCUCAAUAUAUUAUGUUUGUUGAAGGAAAGGUGUUUCACACAAGUGCAUGAGCAUGAGUUAGUCGAAAUGGCCACUGGUGAUUUAGAUUAUUCCAUGAGGAAGAAAUUAGAUACCUAA